GCUGGCUUACACCACUGUGCUGUUUUGCAGUCUUGGGACAUCUUCUUCCGGAAUGCCAAUGCCGGUGCUGCACCUGGAACCGCUUACCAGAGCCCCCCACCAUUUGGUACCAGCCUGUCUGCACUGACCCAAGCACAGUCAUUAGUUAAGGGUCAGCCAAACAUCGAUAAGCUAGUGGAAGAUCAUCUGGCUGUGCAAUCCCUCAUCCGUGCUUACCAGAUUCGUGGGCACCAUGUUGCCCAGCUUGACCCACUUGGCAUUCUGGAUGCAGAUUUGGACUCCUGUGUGCCAGCUGAUAUUGUCACAUCCUCAGACAAACUCGGGUUUUAUGGGCUGGAGGAAUCAGACCUUGACAAAGUCUUCCAUCUACCAACCACUACUUUUAUUGGAGGCAAUGAGACAGCACUGCCCCUCCGAGAGAUCAUCAAAAGACUAGAGACUUCCUAUUGUCAGCACAUUGGAGUAGAGUUCAUGUUUAUCAAUGAUCUAGAACAGUGUCAGUGGAUCCGCGAAAAGUUUGAGACACCAGGAAUCAUGCAGUUCAACAAUGAGGAGAAACGUACUAUGCUAGCCAGACUAGUUAGAUCUACUAGAUUUGAAGAGUUCCUUCAUCGUAAGUGGUCUUCUGAGAAGCGUUUUGGAUUGGAGGGUUGCGAAGUGCUGAUUCCUGCCUUAAAGACCAUCAUUGAUAAAUCCAGUGAGAAUGGUGUUGAUUAUGUCAUCAUGGGAAUGCCACACAGAGGUCGUCUUAAUGUAUUGGCCAAUGUGAUCAGGAAGGAGCUGGAACAAAUUUUCUGUCAGUUUGACUCCAAACUUGAAGCUGCAGAUGAGGGUUCUGGAGAUGUUAAAUACCACUUGGGAAUGUACCACAGGAGGAUAAACAGAGUAACUGACAGGAACAUCACUCUGUCUUUGGUAGCAAAUCCUUCCCAUCUUGAAGCAGCAGACCCUGUUGUCCAGGGCAAAACCAAAGCUGAACAGUUCUACUGUGGAGACACAGAGAGGGAAAAAAGGUCAUGUCUAUCCUGUUACAUGGUGAUGCUGCUUUUGCAGGACAAGGAAUUGUGUAUGAGACCUUCCACUUGAGUGACCUUCCAUCUUACACAACACACGGCACUGUCCAUGUGGUGGCUAACAACCAGAUUGGUUUCACAACUGAUCCUCGAAUGGCACGCUCAUCUCCAUAUCCUACUGAUGUUGCUAGGGUGGUCAAUGCUCCAAUUUUCCAUGUCAACGCAGAUGACCCAGAGGCUGUUGUGUAUGUGUGUAAUGUGGCUGCAGAGUGGAGGGCUACCUUUCACAAGGAUGUGGUGGUGGACUUGGUCUGCUACCGUAGGAAUGGACACAAUGAGAUGGACGAGCCUAUGUUUACACAGCCACUGAUGUAUAAGCAGAUCCGAAAACAGAAGCCCGUACUACAAAAAUAUGCUGAAACUCUGAUAUCGCAAGGUGUAGUCAACCAGCUGGAGUAUGAGGAGGAGAUUGCAAAAUAUGACAAGAUCUGUGAGGAGGCCUUAAACCGUUCCAAAGAUGAAAAGAUUCUUCACAUCAAGCACUGGCUGGAUUCCCCAUGGCCUGGUUUCUUCACUCUGGAUGGUCAACCACGCAGCAUGUCCUGCCCCUCCACCGGUCUCAGUGAGGAAGAUCUCUCACACAUUGGAAAUGUGGCCAGCUCAGUCCCUGUAGAGGACUUUACUAUUCAUGGAGGUCUGAGCCGCGUCUUGAAAGGUCGAGGGGAGAUGGUGAAGAACCGAACUGUUGACUGGGCUCUGGCUGAGUAUAUGGCAUUUGGGUCACUCUUGAAAGAAGGCAUUCACAUCCGCCUCAGUGGGCAAGAUGUAGAGAGAGGCACUUUUAGCCACCGUCAUCAUGUUUUACAUGACCAAAAUGUAGACAAGAGAACGUGUAUUCCCAUGAACUAUCUGUGGCCUAACCAAGCUCCAUAUACAGUGUGCAACAGCUCGCUGUCUGAAUAUGGAGUACUAGGAUUUGAGCUUGGCUUUGCUAUGGCAAGCCCCAAUGCACUGGUACUUUGGGAAGCCCAGUUCGGAGACUUUCAUAACACUGCUCAGUGUAUCAUCGAUCAGUUCAUCUGCCCAGGACAGGCCAAGUGGGUACGACAGAAUGGAAUCGUAUUGCUGCUACCACAUGGCAUGGAGGGCAUGGGUCCAGAACAUUCCUCUGCUAGACCUGAACGAUUCCUUCAGAUGUGCAAUGAUGAUCCAGAUGAGUGGCCUAAAAGUUCCGACGAUUUUGCUGUCCGCCAGCUUUAUGACUGCAACUGGAUUGUUGUGAAUUGCUCCACUCCUGCCAAUUUUUUCCACGUUCUCCGCAGACAGAUCUUACUACCUUUCCGUAAACCGCUGAUUGUCUUCACUCCAAAGUCUCUUCUUCGUCACCCUGAAGCAAGGUCAAGUUUUGAUGACAUGCUGGCAGGCACUCACUUUGAAAGAAUAAUCCCAGAUGCCGGACCUGCUUCCCAAAACCCCACUGGGGUGAAACGUGUGGUCUUCUGCACAGGCAAAAUAUAUUAUGAACUGACCAAAGAGCGCAGCACCAGAGGAAUGGAGUCUGAAGUGGCUAUUACUCGUGUGGAGCAGCUGUCUCCAUUCCCUUUCGACCUAUUGGAGAAGGAAGUGAACAAGUAUCCUAAUGCAGAGAUUGCCUGGUGUCAAGAGGAACACAAGAAUCAGGGUUAUUAUGACUACGUAAAGCCAAGAUUACGCACCACGAUACACCGCACUAAACCUGUCUGGUAUGCUGGACGAGAACCUGCAGCUGCUCCCGCCACUGGCAACAAGAAAACCCACACCACAGAACUGAAGAGAUUGCUGGACACUGCAUUCAACCUGGAUGCUUACAAGGGCCUCCACUGA